AAAAAGCGUGACCUGACGAGUUUGAAGUCAAAAACAUUUUACUUGUGGCCCAAAAUGGAGAUCAAUGACAUCAAAACUGAAAUACAAAUAAACACAACAGAGGGCUCGUUCAAAAACAAAGAUGGAAAAGUUAUUUUCACAAGACAAUGGUCUCAAAAGGAUAAAGCGCCGAGGGCUUUGAUAAUGAUAUGUCAUGGAUUUGGAGAGCACUCUGGGAGAUAUGCUGAUUUUUUGGCACCUGCACUUGUAAAGGAAGGUUUUCUUGUUACAACUCUAGACCAUGUUGGUCAUGGUAAGAGUGAAGGAGAACGAGCACAGGUUGACAGUCUUGACACAUUUGUGGGGGAUGUUUUCCAUAAUAUUGACCAAGUUACUGCAAAAUACCAAUCAUUACCUAUGUUCAUAUUUGGUCAUUCUAUGGGAGGAGCUAUCACCAUACUGUGUGCAUUACAGAGACCAAAGUUCUUUCAAGGUGUAUUACUAAGUGCUCCAGCAAUCCUGGUGGAUCCCAGUAAAGACAACAAAUGUAUGCGAUGUCUUGGGAAUGUGGCUGCAUUUAUUUAUCCUUCUCUUGAAGUAAUUCCACCAAUAGAUCCAGGUGAAACUUGCCGCAACCCUGACAAGGUAGAAGAAUACAGAACUGAUCCAUUAGUGUUCCAUGGUGGCAUUAAAGCUGGACUUGGCAUGGCUCUAGCGAAUGGAAUGGACACUAUCAAUGCUAAGAUGAAAGACAUUGACUGGCCAUUCCUGGUAAUGCAUGGUGACGCUGAUUCACUGGCACUGGUUGAAGGUUCAAUCAAGUUGGAGAAAAUGGCCAAAAGCCAAGACAAAACCAUCAAGAUUUAUGAAGGUUACUACCAUGAGAUAUUGAAUGAACCAAGAGAAUACUCCAGUAUCGUACUCAAUGACAUCAUACAAUGGCUGAGAGAGAGAUUGUCUUAGUUCAAGAGAACAGCACAGAUGUAGAUAAUAUUUAUCAAUUAAAAAAAAAGCAAAAAAAAAGCAAUAUUUAAUAGUAUUUAAGCACAUUUUACAUUUGGUUUGUUUAGUAAUUUAAAAUACCUUGUAAACACAUUUUAACGCUGUAGGGAGAGUGUAUAAAAUUAUCAUUUUGAGCAUUGUAAUGCUGAAAGUACUGUAUAUUUAAGAGUUUUUAGAGAAUAAACAGCUACAAGCACAUUAAUUUCCAUA